AUGAUUUCGACGGCUGUCUCCACAGCUUUUCUAGCCGUUGAGAACCAGAAUGAAGUUGUUGAUAGCGGGGAAAAUGAGGAAGAUGAUGACCUUCAAUAUGUGGAUCACGACUAUGAGGUACCACAGCAGAAGGGUUUGAAGAAGAUAUGUAACAGGGUGAAAUGGACACGUGAUGAGGAUGAAAGGCUAAAGAAGCUGGUGGAACAAAAUGGUACAGAUGAUUGGGCUUUCAUUGCUAGUCAUCUACAAAAUCGUUCAGACUUCCAGUGCCAACAUCGAUGGCAGAAGGUACUAAACCCAGAACUGAUUAAAGGUCCCUGGACUAAAGAAGAAGAUCAGAGGGUUAUUGAAUUAGUUCAGAAGUAUGGUCCAAAGCGCUGGUCUCUAAUUGCAAAGCACCUGAAAGGAAGAAUAGGCAAACAAUGCAGAGAGAGAUGGCAUAAUCAUCUCAAUCCGGAGGUAAAAAAGUCUUCGUGGACAGAAGAAGAGGACAGAAUAAUCUAUGAAGCUCACAAGCGUUUGGGAAACCGAUGGGCUGAAAUAGCAAAGCUGCUUCCUGGAAGGACCGAUAAUUCGAUUAAAAAUCACUGGAAUUCAACGAUGCGAAGAAAAGUGGAACAGGAAGGAUAUUUACAAGAUGGUAUAAAGUCUGAAAGAGCUAGUUCAUCCAAACUUCAGCCCCAGCCUUGUCUGACUAUGGAGCACUUGCACACUCAGAAUCAAUUUUACGUACCUGUUCAGACACAUAUUCAAGCGUACCAGUAUGCCUCACCAGAAGGCAGCUGUCUAGAACAUGCUUCAGCUCCUUCCAACUUAGUUCAGCCGUCAUUCAUUGAUGAUGAUCCUGAUAAAGAAAAGAAAAUAAAGGAACUUGAAUUGCUACUUAUGUCAGCAGAGAAUGAAAUCAGAAGAAAACAAGUGUCUUCUCAAGCUGGCAACUUGCCUUGUUGGUCUGGAAGUUUUGUCACGGAAGAUUGUGUGUCUAAUACACUAAAUAGCCUCGGGGAGCAAACGAGUGAGUUCUACAGCGUGGAUGAGACCCACGUCACACCCGUUCAGCAGAGUUCACCCCCGAGGUAUUUGGCUGUGGAGGCAAACACAAUGUUGUCAUCUCUACAAACCAUCCCAGAAUUUGCAGAGACGCUAGAGCUUAUUGAAUCUGAUCCUGUAGCAUGGAGUGAUGUCACCAGUUUUGAGCUCUCGGAGGCUGUAGCAUCUCCUGUCAAGCCAGCUCCAGUAAAACUCAUGCGGAUUCAACACAACGAAGGGACUGCUGAGUGCCAGUAUAACGUCAGCGUCGUGCUUGAUGGCAAAAAACACAGUAGCACCAGUGGGGAGGAAGAAGCAGUUUUCCCAACAACACCAAACGUCACUAAAUUCAGCACUCCACCUUCUAUCCUAAGAAAGAAAAAGAGAUUGCGUGUUGGGCAAUCACCAGUUAACGAACUGAACGAUGGCUUGUGUAAUGAUGCCAUCAACGUUGCACUAAAGCAUACACCAGUGAAAACACUACCAUUUUCUCCAUCACAGUUUUUCAACACUUGCUCUGGAAACGAACAAUUUAACCUUGAAAAUCCUCCAUUUACAUCGACUCCAAUCUGUGGGCAGAAAGUUCUUAUUACGACUCCUCUACACAAGGAAAUGACACCAAAAGAUCAAAAGGAAAAUGUGGGUUUUAGAACUCCCACAAUUCGAAGAUCUCUUUUGGGUUCAACACCGAGGACUCCAACUCCUUUUAAAAAUGCUUUGGCUGCUCAGGAAAAAAAAUAUGGUCCCCUCAAACUUACGUCACAACCACUUGCCUUCUUGGAGGAAGACAUUAGGGAAGUUUUGAAAGAGGAAACUGGAACAGACAUAUUUCUCAAGGAGGAAGACGAUACUGUGUAUAAAGGCUGCAAGCAGGAGCACAACUCUUCUAAAAAAGUCAGAAAAUCGCUGGUCCUAGAUCCAUGGGAAAAAGAAGAGGUUGGUGCCCAGCGCUUCACAGAAGAGAAUAGUUUGGAUGCACAGUCAGAAAAUGCAUAUACCACAUCUUUAUUGAUGAUACCAUUGUUGGAAAUACAUGACAACAGAUGUAACCUGACAUCAGAAAACCAGGAUACAAAUCCAGCAAACAAAGCAAAUACAGUAAUUAAGAAGAAACCGAAUGCAUGCGCUUCCAAAAAUGUCAAACUGGAGAAAGCUCUUCAGUCCAAUUGUGAGUGGGAAGCAGUUGUUUAUGGCAAAACAGAAGACCAGCUUAUCAUGACUGAACAAGCCAGAAGGUAUCUGAGCACGUACACGGCCACCACCACCAGCACUUCCAGGGCUCUCAUCCUGUGACGGUCACCGCGUCUGACAACCAUCUCUUUCCAUUGGAACUGACACCGUGUCCAAGGCGAUUCCAGCACAAUCCUCAUCAAUUAAGUCUUUACUCCAGACACUCUGCCAAGGGAAACCUUAAAGCCACCUUAAAGCUUCCUUUCUUCUUUUGACUGACAAAGAACAGACACAAAGCUCUCAUAUUCUCUAUGGGGGGAUAGUACAACCAGUUCUGCAAUGAAUUUCUUAUAUGUUAAAAAAGUAACACCCUAAAAUCCUAUAAAGAAUGGUGAAAUACAUUGCAGUACUGACGACAUACGGUUUUUAAGGUCUAUUUUUCAUAUUUAUUCUUUUUGACUUGCAUUGCUUUUUUUCUGUUAGUGCAUUUUCACUCUAGAGUAGGUUUAUAGGUUGUUACUGGUUUCCAAAUGAGCAACAUACGUGACUGAAUGUGCUUUUGCUUAUGUAGCAUUUUUCUAGUAUAUACAGAAACACAAUGGAAAGGAGUAUAAAGGAAGGAUAGAAAGUUGCACUACUAAUUUUUUUGGUAUGCUGCAAAACAAUGGAAUUAACUACAGUGUUAAAUAUAUUUAUUUGCAAAUGGUACUAGAAGUAGGCAGAGGGGUUGGAUUAGGUGUUAGUGUAAAGCAUCAGUAUUUUCUUCAUAAAUCUCAAAAUGAGAUGAUUGUUGAAUGUAUUGUACAGUAUGUAGGAACAGGGAAAAAUUUUGUAAAUUCAAAAGGAGUCUGUUUUUAUAAUUUAUUUUCAUUUUAAAGCUUAAAUGUAGAUAUUUAUAUGUAUGCAGGUUGUCUAGAAGCCAAUGUUGUUUCCUGUUAAAACAGCUAAAAUGAAAAAAAAAGGACAAGUUUAAAGUAUGGAAUAGCAGAAGAAUUACAGUGGUGAAGUGUACAAGUCUAUACUGUAUGUUACAUCUACGUAAAGAUUGCACUAUAACCCUUAAAUCAUGUUGGUCUACAAAAUAAUGACAAGGUAUAUCUGUAUUAUACAGCAACCGUUCCUGUACCUUGUUUAAAUAUAUUUAGAAAGGAAUGGGAGGGUCCUAUACAUGACCCAGGAGUACUUCGUCCUGCACAGGAACUAAAACUAAUGCAUUUUAAAUAUUUUACUUAUUUUAUUUUAUUUUAUUUUAUUUUUAAAAGAAAAAAAAGAAACUUGGCACCUUGGAUCUCAAAACAAUUGUAUCUGCACUUAAGUUUGACCAUUAUUAUACUUACUGAAUGUUUGAAGAGCAAAGAGAACAUUCUUUUAUUUAUGAAAAAUCUUUGUCCUUAUUUAAAGGUAUACAGGUCACAACAGUUGCAUUAGUUGCCUAUUUUAGGUAUUUGCACUUAUUUUAUGUCUUUUAUUUUUUUUUUUAAGUUUUUCUUUGAAGGAAUGUUUCGGUUUGCUUUCGUUGUAGAGUUGUUUUUUCUUUGUAGUUAAUUUCGAGCAAGUUACGAUGGGUAUAAGCAAAUACUGACAGGUAAAUAGAAGUGUACACUGUAGUUUUAGUUAUUUAUAAAAUUCAAACACUCUUCCUCUCCACUCCCGGGUGUGCUGCUACAGAGAGUGGCAGGAUCGGCUUGCUGCUAGGAGAGACGGAAAGAGCGAGCAUCGUAUGCACUGUAUGUAAAAUGACAAAAAGAAAAAAAAAAACAAACAAACAUAAAAUAAAAAAUGAUGUCAGGUUCUCUAGUUAACUUUAGGAGAUCAACCAGUACUAUGCAGGGUGUGGAAAGUAUUCCGGUCACUUCAAUAACAAAAGAUGGGAGAGACUAAUUUAUUAAAGGGAGAAUUUUAACAGGUGAUGAGCGGCACAAGGAAGGUCAUGGGUUAUUACACUUUUUUAAACAUCUCAAAGCUUACACCAAUCCUUAUUUUUAAGAGCUUUUUGAUAUUAAAUAUUGGCCUGGCUGUGAUAGCGGGAGGCAUAAACAUUUUUAGCAGUUUUUAAUUCACAUCAAAAUUUUAAGCACGGGGAGGGGGGAAAUCCCAUCUAAGAAAAUACCCAUCAUGCCAGGAUGACUCCAGGAAAGGAGGCAAUUGGAAUUCUUGGCAGCACUAGAUUUAGGGGUGUGUCACCAGAAUGUAUUUAACAGUGAAGUCUAACGCUGGAGACAGCAUUUAAUUCACACACACACACAAAAAAAGAAAUGAAAUAAGACACUGAGAGAGAAUGAAUAUCUAGAACCUGGGUGAUAUAUUUCUGUAGAAGUGGUAUCACCACAACUGCCUAUACCAAGUUUAAGCAUAGGGUUAUGGUAAGUAGUAUUACUUUGUGUUGGUAUUGGUUGGAUCGUUUAGUUAACUCCUACUUUGUUGCUUUAGCAGGAAGGUUUUAAUCUUUCAUAUGUCAGGCAUCUUUUAUUACCUUUUGAAUGUUGUGUGCAUUUGCAUUUCUUUCAGUUGAUAUAAGUAGAUUGUACAUGCAGCAGCCAAACUUGCAUGACACCUAAAUACAUAUUACUCCGUAUUUUCGUUUUAAGGUUUGACAUAACGUGCAACAAACGCCUUGUUUAUCUUAGUUUUUGUUGUACUACAAACUUUUCUUUUAUGUAAGAGAAUCUCACAUACAAUACAGACCAUAUUAAUGACAGAAAUAAAGCAUCUAUGUACCA